AUGUUUCGUCAUCAAAAACUGAUCCUCAUUUUGAUCGUUGCCGUGCAAUUACUUUCCUUCAACCAUGCAUUUUCCAUGACCAAGAGUGUUGUGAUACCACAAAAGAUCUCCAUUCAUCGCCUCUUCGAUAGUGCCACCGAUGAACCAGCAGACGAGUCAACUCCUGAUAAACCUACGACCUCCGACUCUCUGGAAAGCAAGAUGAAGAGUUGGGAGGCAAGCGAAGAAGAAAUAAAGGCCGCGACACUAGGGGGUAUGGUUCCAGGUCGGAGUGAUGCAUUUGAUAUUGGUCUUUAUGUUGCAUUUCCUUUGAUGGUUCUAUCUGGAUUGGCAUUCGCUUUCUUCCCUCUCAUCAUGGGGAACAUCGAUACUUCUAGUGUAGGUCCGCCACCAACGUCAUAA